AUCAUGGCGCAAGUUGCAAUGUCUACAGUGUCAGUAGAUGACGAGGAGUCUUCAGAGAGCAGAAUGGUGGUCACAUUCCUUAUGUCCGCCCUUGAGUCAAUGUGUAAGGAACUUGCCAAAUCGAAGGCAGAAGUAGCCUGCAUUGCUGUAUACGAGACAGAUGUGUUUGUUGUUGGCACUGAGCGAGGACGGGCCUUUGUCAACACAAGGAAAGAUUUUCAGAAGGAUUUUGUGAAAUACUGCGUUGCAGAAGGUGAAAAGGCUGCAGAGCUUCACAAGAUGAGAUCUGCCUCCCACCCAAAUAGGACGACUGUAGAUGCUGUAGAGAUCGAAACUCUCAGAAAAACAGUGGAGGAUUAUUUCUGCUUUUGCUAUGGUAAAGCCCUAGGCAAAUCCACAGUGGUACCUGUUCCAUAUGAGAAAAUGCUAAGGGACCAAUCAGCUGUUGUCGUGCAGGGCCUUCCUGAAGGAGUGGCUUUCAAACAUCCAGAAAACUAUGAUGUCACCACUCUGAAAUGGAUUUUGGAGAAUAAGGCAGGGAUUUCUUUCAUCAUUAAGAGACCUUUCCUAGAGCCAAAGAAGCAGCUAGGUGGUCGUGUCACUGACUCGGAACGUUCGAGAAUAUCAUCACCAGGCGGAAGUUGUCCCAUCAAAGUGAAAACCGAACCAACUGAAGAUUCAGGCAUUUCAUUGGAAAUGGCAGCUGUUACAGUUAAAGAGGAGUCGGAAGACCCUGACUACUACCAAUACAACGUUCAAGCAGGCCCUUCUGAAACUGGUGGUGUUGAUGAAAAACUCCCCCUUUCGAAGUCUUUUCAAGGAAGCCAUCACUCUUCGGAGGGCAAUGAAGGAACAGAGAUGGAAUUACCAGUGGAAGAUUCUACCCAGCAUGCCCCUUCAGAAACAAGUGAGGACCCUGAAGUUGAGGUGACUAUUGAAGAUGAUGAUUAUUCACCACCCAGCAAGAAACCAAAGAACCCUGAGCCAGUCAAUGAGGCGGCCAAUGCUGGAAAAAGGAAAGUGAGGGAAUUCAAUUUUGAGAAAUGGAAUGCUCGAAUUACUGAUCUCCGAAAACAGGUUGAAGAAUUGUUUGAAAGAAAAUACGCUCAAGCUAUAAAAGCCAAAGGCCCUGUGGCCAUCCCUUAUCCACUCUUCCAAUCUCAUGUGGAGGAUCUGUAUGUGGAAGGACUACCUGAAGGGAUUCCUUUCCGAAGGCCAUCUACCUAUGGAAUUCCUCGCCUUGAGAGGAUAUUGCUUGCAAAAGAGAGGAUUCGGUUUGUGAUUAAGAAACAUGAACUUUUAAAUUCAACACGAGAAGACCUACAGCUAGAAAAACCAACUUCAGGGGUGAAAGAAGAAUGGUAUGCCAGGAUCACCAAAUUAAGAAAGAUGGUGGAUCAGCUGUUCUGUAAGAAAUUUGCUGAGGCCUUGGGGAGCACUGAAGCCAAGGCUGUGCCUUACCAGAAAUUUGAGGCGCAUCCUAAUGACUUAUAUGUGGAAGGGCUCCCAGAAAACAUUCCUUUUAGAAGCCCUUCCUGGUAUGGGAUCCCAAGGCUGGAAAAAAUCAUCCAAGUGGGCAAUAGAAUUAAAUUUGUCAUCAAAAGACCAGAACUGCUGACUCACAGCACACCAGAAAUAACUCAGCCCCGAACCAAUACUCCAGUGAAAGAAGAUUGGAAUGUGCGAAUUACUAAACUUCGGAAGCAGGUUGAAGAGAUUUUUAAUUUGAAAUUUGCUCAAGCUCUUGGACUUACGGAGGCUGUCAAGGUACCUUAUCCAGUCUUUGAAUCAAAUCCUGAGUUCCUCUAUGUGGAAGGAUUGCCAGAAGGAAUCCCCUUCCGAAGUCCCACCUGGUUUGGGAUUCCACGGCUUGAAAGGAUUGUCCGUGGAAGUAAUAAGAUCAAGUUUGUUGUUAAAAAACCAGAGCUGGUUCUUUCCUAUUUACCCCCUGGAAUGGCGAGUAAAGUCAACACUAAAGCCUUGCAGAGCUCCAAGAGAGCAAGGAGCCCUGGCAGCAACUCCAAGGUGCCAGAGAUUGAAGUGACCGUGGAAGGUCCUAAUAAUAAGCCACAAACUACAGCUGUUCGAACUCCUACCCAGACUAAUGGUUCCAAUACACCCUUCAAGCCUCGAGGGAGAGAAUUUUCAUUUGAGGCCUGGAAUGCUAAAAUUACAGACCUCAAACAGAAGGUUGAAAAUCUCUUUAAUGAAAAGUGUGGAGAGGCUCUUGGCCUUAAACACCCCGUGAAGGUACCAUUUGCAUUAUUCGAAUCUUUCCCUGAAGAUUUUUAUGUUGAAGGCUUACCGGAGGGUGUGCCAUUCAGACGACCAUCAACUUUUGGCAUUCCAAGGCUGGAGAAGAUACUCAGAAAUAAAGCCAAGAUCAAGUUUAUCAUUAAAAAGCCUGAGAUGUUUGAAACUGCCAUUAAAGAAAGCACUUCCAAAAGCCCUCCAAGAGGCUCUGCAGUGUUCUCGGGCUUGAUGAAAUCUCCACAGUGUCACCCACAAAAAGGACCAAUCUGGAGGACUUCACCAUCUAUAGGGAAUCCCUCUUUGACUUCGGACCCUGCGCUGGAUCUCCUCCAUAACACUGGAAAAAUAAAUUCAGCCAAUGUCACAACCACAGCAGCAGGAGUGGAAGACCUCAACAUCAUUCAGGUCACAAUUCCAGAUGAUGAGAGUGAAAGGCUGUCAAAAGUGGAAAAGGCUCGGCAGCUGCGAGAACAAGUGAAUGACCUCUUUAGCCGCAAAUUUGGUGAAGCGAUUGGCAUGGGCUUUCCUGUGAAAGUCCCGUAUAGGAAAAUAACCAUCAAUCCUGGCUGUGUGGUCGUAGAUGGGAUGCCUCCUGGGGUUGCCUUCAAAGCCCCCAGCUACCUGGAAAUCAGCUCCAUGAGAAGGAUCUUAGAUUCAGCAGAAUUUAUCAAAUUCACUGUCAUUAGACCUUUUCCAGGACUUGUCAUUAAUAACCAGUUGGUUGAUCAAACUGAAUCGGAAGGCCCAGUAAUACAAGAAUCUGCUGAUCCAAGCCAGUUGGAGGUUCCUGUAACAGAAGUAGACAUUAAGGAAACAGAAGGAAGUUCUCAGAUCAAACAGGAACCAGACCCAACGUGGUAGACCUCUUCAUUCCUAGGCUUAAAAGUAUCAGUGGUUGAGAAGAGCUUGCCGGAACUGUUACAGCCGAAGCUGUGUAAUAUAAUUGUAUAACAGAAUUACCUUCUAUACAAACCUUUUUUUCUACUUUUAGAUAGAAAUGUCUACUUUUUCAGCAGUUCUGUGAAUUGAAUUAAAGAGCAGAGUGACUGUAGAUUUGGAAUGGCUGGUUUACUUUGGGAUAUAUUCUAAGGAUUUUGCAGCAAUGCUGGAAAAAUGACAGGGAUGAAUCUCAUCGAUAUUUUUUUUUUUUUUUUUUUUUUUACGUAAUCAGCAAAGACUUCAGAAAUGGUGUUCGUUUUCCAGCCAAGUGAAGAUCUCUCCAGCUGGACACAUCUCAGCUUUUGCAGUGACGAAAACACCUACGAUAGUUCAGUUCUUUAGUUUUUCUAUUUGAAAAAUCAUUUCAAUGAUUUUUGGUUCCCGUUUCUCCUUAACGGCUGAGUGGACAAUAGUAUAUGUAUAUUUGACUGGACUUUUUCCUACGCUAUCUAUCACGGUUCAUGUUUUUCAUAAAUAAAAAACCAUCUGGUUCACCUGACAGUUAGUAAGAGGUCAGUAUCUCAGUGUGUGGAUAACAAUGAACCCUCUUCCCAUUUUACUUAUUUUUGUCCAAAUAAAGAGUGCAUGAUGUAUCCGAAUAGUAGCACAGUUAAAAAUCAGGUAUGGAAUUUUGGGCAAGCUAAGUUUUACGCUGGAGCCUCCCUGUAGCGUGACCAGCUGCUACAGCUGGGAUUCAGUAGCAUGGGGGGGGAGGGGGGUGUCCAGCUUGGUUGGGGUCUCAUUGCUAGGAGAGCCCCACAUUAGAAUGCCAGCUCACCUGCCCUGCUCCCUUCUCCCAAAGGUGGCGGCUUUAGCAGCGUUAGAGAGAGGCUUCAGUAUUCUGUUUUAAGAGGUUUAGAAGCUAAUUACGCAUCCUCUGAUAUCUUCCCCACACUUUGUAGGAGAAACUUUAAAUGUGUUGAAAUUUCACAAACAAAAAAAAUUGUAUGAUACCAGCUCUAUGAAAAGCUAGAAAAUGUGAUGGUUUAGAGUUUUCAUUAGCUUUGCCACAAUAUUCACAAUGGAAAAUUAUAUGACAUGGUAGCAGAAUAGACCUUUUAAUGUGUUGCUUAUAUUUUACCUCAAAUUAAAUUGUAGAUAUAGGGUAAUAAAUAAAAUUCAUCCAUGCCUUUCACACACUAA